CUCUAAUUCCGUACUUGUUGAUUUAAUUUUACCUCAAUCAAUAAAUUAAAUAACAAUACAAAAGUUGCGUGCGUGGAGUAGUGUAGAUUUUUUAUAGAAGCAAUAAAAAUGCGACUAUUUUACAAUGCUUCUAUCGUAUAUUUCUUGGAAAUACUGUUCUUGUUGUCGUGUGUUCUAAACUCAAUAAGCGGUCGUAGGAUACAGUAUCCCGAAGAAGAUUAUUUUCGUGGAGGCUAUUAUGGAAGAGAACAGCAAGAUAACGAGAAUAAAAUUAAAAUUGCACUAGAAAAAUUGGAACAUGCACCACAAUGGGUCCAAGACUGGCCAGACCCCACAAUCAAAAUGGGACAAGUCUCUGGAGUAGCUCUCGACAAUGCAGGCAGAGUCCUUGUGUUCCACAGAGCCAGUAAUGUGUGGGAUGCUACAACAUUCACUGAUAGAGAUGUAUAUCGGAAUAUUGGGACACCACCCAUACCUCAUGCCACUAUACUGGCCUUCAAUGAUUCUGGAAGCCUUGUUGAUAUGUGGGGUCAGAAUCUAUUCUACAUUCCUCAUGGCAUCACAGUGGACAAGGAAGGCAAUGUAUGGAUCACUGAUGUAGCCAUGCAUCAGGUGUUCAAAUUCACUCCAGAUAAUCGACAAAAACCUGCACUGGUAUUAGGAGAGAAGUUUGUCCCCCGCAAUGAUGAAACGCAUUUCUGCAAGCCUAGCGCUGUCGCUGUGUUGUCGACGGGUGACUUUUUCGUAGCAGACGGUUACUGUAAUACUAGGAUCAUCAAGUUUGCGCCUGAUGGCACUCGAAUUUUACAGUGGGGUAGACGAAAAGGCGAGUCCCCCUUCGUGUUCACAGUGCCCCACGCCCUAACAUUAGCUGAAGACAAGGGGCAGGUAUGCGUGGCGAAUAGAGAACGUGGUUGUGUGGCCUGCUUCCGAACAGACAACGGGACUUUCGUGCAGCAAUACCACAGCUGGCUCAUAGGACCCAGAAUUUUUAGCGUCGCCUACUCGCCUGUACGCGGAGGCCGUCUCUACAUAGUAAACGGCCCCAUGCCCGAACAAGAGGUCCCAGUACGAGGCUACGUCGUAGACUUCAGGUCGGGUCGAUUAAUCCAGACCUUCGCCCCGGAUCAGGGCUUCGCCAACCCCCACGAUGUCGUCGCCUCUGCUGAUGGCUCCAAAGUAUAUGUAGCUGAACUGAACCCGUAUAGAGCAUAUAAGUUUAUUGAUGAGACGUUGAAAAAUUACAGUAGGAAUGAAGACCAGAAUGUUUCUGUACCAGUGAAACCUACAGCGACCGUAGAGGUGUCGAACAGCGGGCCGUCAGUCGCAACAGGGCUAGCGAAACAGUGGAGCGGCGCACUGGGCGGGGCGGCCGCCGCCGCAGGCGCAGCGCUGCUGGCGCUCGCCGCGGUCGCGCUGCUGCGAGCGCGCAACAAGGGUCGCAAAGGCAUGACGCGGCGUCGCUGGGAGUACGGCCACGGCGAAUUCAAGCUCCGCAGGCUGUUAGAACGUCGCAGAUUCACACGAGUGCACUCGGAUGACUCUGAUGAAGAACCAUCACCGAUGCUGCCUCCGCCACAACCGCCGGCUAACGCGUGAUGCCAUCAUAUUUAACG